CAAAGCAGGUUUCCCCUCCAAUCUGGCUGCCUGGCAUCCUUUUAUGUCCAGAGCAAUAGCGAUCUGGGACUGUUAAAGUCUGCACCGUCACAUAUCGACUCUUUGCUCUUCGUUCGUCCCGGAUACAUCCCCCAAUUGUCGAGAAAACGCGAGCUUGCGAGCUUCAAGUCGGAUUCGAUCCGACCUUGGCCCACCAUGGCGCCCCUCAGUACUGAGCCGGACGAGAUCCGCGUUGUGCUGAAUAUGGCACGACGAAAAGUCUUCUAUGGCCUGGUAUCUGAGAUCACGGCAUAUAUGCGAUCGCAAUUAGAAUUACAGUCUCAUGUAGGAAGCGCAGGCACUGGGAACGUCAACCCGCCACCAUACUCAGCGCACGAUACGCUCAGUGCGGGUAGUACAGCGUCUUACCCCGGCACUCAGCAUGGAAGAAACCAGGAGACUGCCCCUGGACAAUCCGUGCCAUCGCCGCAAAGUCCGGCUCUGGUACGUCUCCGGAAGGCUGCGUUGCUGCAUUUUGAUUCCUGGCGCGCCGAAACGCUGAGCAAGCUCAAAGAAGUCGUGGCAAAAGCCGACGACCAAAAGAUCAUCGAUGCGCGACGGAAGCGCACGGAAGCUCUAUCUCUUAAGCCCAAAAAGGAGCCUGUGGGAGAUAGUGAGGAUCUACUUAGUUUCGAUGCCGUGGCGUCCACCUCGCAAUCACCACUGUCUGCUGGCUUGGGACAUGGGAAAGACAGUAAAAGAGAGAAGGAGCUAGAGGCCUUCCAGAGCCUCUAUCAUCCGAUCCCAACGCGGUUGACGACUAUCCCGCUCCGUGACCGUGAGGAAGUGCUUAGCGCGACGUUGCUUCUCCUAUUGUCUAGCGGGAAUUACAGCGCCUACUCGCGCACGCUCAUCUGCUACCUCGCGUCAGCACUCGAGAUAACUCCCUCCACACUCAACGCGGAAGAGACGGCCAUUGCCACGACCAUGGUAGAAACAGCGCAGAAGGCUGAUGCCGAAGCGAAGACGGGGAUGUCCGCUGACACGGAAGCGCAGAAGCGGCGCGACGAAGGGCGUACGGGGCGGCUCUGGAAAGUCGGGCUCGCCUCUGUGGCCGGCGCUGCUAUCAUUGGCGUCACAGGCGGUCUGGCGGCCCCUGUCGUCGCAGCCACCGUAGGCGGUUUGAUGAGUUCGGUCGGCCUAGGCGGACUUGCCGGGUUUCUCGGCAUCUUCUGGAUGAACGGGGCCCUCGUUGGUACACUCUUCGGCGCUUUUGGGGCUAAGAUGACGGGCGAGAUGGUGGACCGGUACGCGAAGGAGGUGGAAGACUUCAAAUUCCUCCCGCUGAGCGCGGAGUGGGGACAGCGCUGGAAGCAGCAACAGAGCAGCGACGCCGAAACGCGCCGGCUGCGCGUCACCAUCGGGAUCAACGGGUGGCUCGAGACCGAAGACGACGUCACGAAGCCGUGGCGCGUGCUGGGCGACGAGUCCGAGGUGUUCGCUCUGCGGUAUGAAAUGAGCAGCCUCAUGUCCCUCGGCGAGCAACUCCGUGCCCUCGUGGGUUCCGCGACGUGGAGCCUUGUGCGCGCCGAGAUACUCAAGCGUACCGUUCUCGUGACCCUUCAGGGCGCCCUGUGGCCUAUCCUGCUCCUCAACUCGGCCUCGAGUAUCGAUAACCCGUUCAGUCUGGCGCGGAACCGCUCUGAGAAAGCCGGACAGAUCCUCGCCGACGCGCUGAUCAAUAAGGUGCAGGGUGAGCGCCCAGUGACGCUGAUCGGCUACUCGCUCGGCGCGCGCGUGAUCUACGCGUGCCUUCGUGUGUUGGCCGAGCGGAGGGCCUUUGGACUCGUGGAUACAGUGGUUCUGAUCGGGGCGCCGGUGCCAUCUAAUACGGGGCAUUGGCAGAUGAUGCGCACCGUGGUAGCGGGCAAGCUUUUUAACGUGCAUAGCGAGAAUGACUACAUCCUCGGUUUCUUGUACCGCGGCACGAGUCUGCAGUUGGGCAUCGCGGGGCUGCAGUCCGUCGGGGCAGAGAUCGAGGGUGUCGAGGAUCUCGAUCUCAGCGACGAGGUCCACGGCCAUCUGCGGUACCCGGGCCUGAUCGCGCAGAUCCUGCAUCGGUGCGGGUUCGCGAAUGUCAAAGGGGGAGUCGCUGCUAUCGAGAAGGAAAAGACGAUCGAAGGGGGAAUUGAAAUGCGCGACAAAGAUUAUGCCGAGCUUGGGCAUCUCAUCGAUAUUGAUGAUGACGAAGCCGAUAAGGGACCGCGACCACUGCUGCCACCGCGCCGGACGAAGCAGGAUUUGGCGAACGAGAAGUUCGAUCCGAUCGUCAAGAGCAUUCUGGAGCAGAAAAGCGACGCACGGACACUGGACCUGAAGCUUAUGAGCAGAACUAGCAGUGACCCUAAUCCGACAACGUCUACAUCUUCUCGGCCCGCGCUGAACUUUCUCGCAGGCCCUUCGUCUCGGGGUGACUCUACGACUAUGGGGACACGAUCAGUCAGCUUUCCCCAACCAGGUCCUCCUGACCGAUUCAAUACUAGCCAGGACAUGCGUAGCUCCAACGAUAGUGACGAAGAAUAUGGUGAAGGACCCAUCACCAUGCUAGAUGACGACGAGCUGAGCGAAGGCGAGCUUACGAUGGUUGAGCCCUUAAGUAUAGAUGACGAACCUCUCAGAUAGGAGAAAGUCGCCGACAACUCGGCGUCCAUCAUCAUCUCAGAGUCGUACUCAAAAUCCUCGCUUCUAGAAGUUGUCUCUAUGCACUUACACUCAAAGUUGUUGAUAUUGAACGACUUGCCAAUAUAUAGGCGCUUCCAAGUGGCUUUAUACGAUUAUGAACGCCACAGCGUACCAGCUGUUCUUCUAUAAAUGGGAGCUUGAUAACAGGAAUCAUCGCUUUGAAGCGGUGUAAACGACCCAGGAAUCAACGACGGCUAUCCAUACUCUCAUGGUGUAGCGGACACAUUAAACAGGUAUUGGGGCGUCCACCAUAGGCAAGUGAAAUAGCCGGCGCUGCGUCGCGCGUGCGCUGGGAAUAGACCUUGAGAUAGUCCCCGACUGAUAUCAAUAUAUGCGAUGACACUCUCCUUCAA